AUAUAAACAUAAUAAGCGUUUAAUACGAAGGCGUCAAUAGCGAGAUAUCGAUAAAUAAAUCCACGCUUCGCGCUAUUUGUGCGUGCAGUUAUAAAUUUAGACCUUCCAAAUCAAUGAUUUAUUAAUAUUGGUUCUAAUUUGGCACAUCCUGGUGCUUUAUUACUGAAAUUGCAAAACCAACAAAUUUUUUACGCCAAAAUUCGCGCUAUUUUCGCUCGCUUUGAAUUGGGAAACGUCCUGGGGGCUCUCCCGAAAUGUCACUUUGAUUUUUUUUGACUAAAUUGGAGAGUUGGCAAGCCGUUAAACGACUUGCCAAAUAUUUCCCCAACGCCACGUGUAACAAAGCCAUUUCUAAUUUCAAGCCGACACGAAAAAUUAUGAGCAAAUACGCCUAGGCCCGUAUUAUAUCAAAAAGUGCAUUUUUACGUUUGGCGCUAAAAAUGUUAAUCCACCCCUGAUACACCUCCGCCCGUUGCUAGGCAAUCACUUAAAUCAAUCACAAGUCGCUGUUAAAAACUUUCCACUGACAGUUAACAAUUACUUGAUUUUUUGGCUUGGCGAAUUUUCUAUGGCCACGUGCGAUUCUCUCCAACCUGUGGUGCUCCUAACUGACGUUAUGGAACCCAACGAGAGUUUUUUUGGUACCACCGCCACGUUUCAAGUCGAGCAAACGGAACCCUUGAACCUUUGCCUGAAUGGUACCGUUUUUGAGGCCUUCACCGUGCUCGACUGCUCGCCCACGUCGGGGGAAAAUGUGAGCUGCAGUGACCAGAGCGACGAUGAUGUCAUAUUUGUCAAGGAGUACAAAUUCGGGGGGGCUAAAAGGGGGCACGGGCAAAAAGGGGGCACCCCGCGGAGGAACCCGGUGAGGAAGGCACGAGUUAGCAGGCGCUUCAAGGACGAAAAUGAGUUUGUGGAAAAUUCGGUGGAGGACGAGGAGGCUUUGGACGUUUUCGAGCCGUGCAUUUCAAAAAAAGAAGACUCGGAAGACUGGAAAUUCGAGUCGGUGCCACGAAGAGGCAAACCCCGAAAAAAAGUGAUAAAACGUAAAGUGCCUUUCAGGCUCGGCCGAAAACGGAAAGCCAACAGCGCUGCUAAAAUCGACGAGAAAAAAGUGCCUUUGAAAGAACUAAAACCGCUUUUUGAAACCAAUUUAUUAUUAUUAAGAGAUUACAUCAAAGAUUUGAGAACAGUGUCUAAAACUCAAGAAAACGAAGAACGUGAUAGAACUACAAACGCUAUUAACAUUUUUAAACAACAAGUCAAAUUUUUAACGGUUGCGAACAACAGUGAUGACGAUUUAGUAACAAAAAUUGUAACAGAGUUAUAGCUAGAAAUGUGCAAAGUUAUUUGUUAUUAAUAUUAUUCAAAAUAAAUUUUUCUUUAAAUA